AUGUCUAAUCCGGACGACUACACCGUCGGCUGGAUCUGCGCCGUCAAACCCGAAUAUGUUGCUGCACAAGAAUUCCUCGACGAAGAGCAUGAUCCCCCCGAAGGUCUACAGCUUGACAAUAACCACUACACAUUGGGUAAAAUGGGCAAGCAUAACGUAGUUAUCACCAUUCUACCCAAGGGUGAAUAUGGCACCGCCGCGGCCGCUAUGGUGGCAGAAGGAAUGCGGCGCAGCUUUCCGAACAUUCGCGUCGGCCUGAUGGUCGGUAUCGCUGGCGGCGCACCGAGCAAGAAACACGACAUUCGCCUCGGAGAUAUUGUCGUUAGCAUUCCUGAAAAUGGGUCUGCUGGUGUCUUUCAAUACGACUUUGGAAAAACCAUCCAAAACAAAAGCUUCCAGAACACGCGGUUUCUCAACCAGCCACCUACCUCGCUACGUGAGGCAGUCAACGGCCUCGACACACAAUAUACGCGCAAGGGGCACAAAAUCAACGAAGAUAUCGACAGUAUCCUUAAAAAGGCGCCGCGACUACGGAAAGGCUACCAACGCCCAGAUUUGGAAAGUGAUCAGCUAUAUCAAAGUCAGAUUGCCCAUCGCGAUGAAAAUGAGGGUCUCCCUUGCGCUAUGAAAUGUGGCGACGAUCCAUCCUGUUUAGUUUCAAGGCCUCCACGUACUGAGGAUGAAGAUAACCCUGCUAUUCACUAUGGCCUGAUUGCAUCGGCAAACCAAGUGAUGAAAGAUGCCUUGAUUCGAGACAGAUUAGUCGCGGAAAAGGACGUUCUGUGCUUUGAAAUGGAAGCAGCUGGAAUGAUGAAUCACUUUCCAUGCCUUGUUAUUCGAGGAAUCUGCGACUAUUCAGACUCACAUAAAAACAAGGGAUGGCAAGGGUAUGCUGCAAUGACCGCCGCCGCGUACGCCAAAGAUCUCUUGCGUCACAUCCGCCCCGAGAAGGUAAACCAAGAGGCAACUAUUGGCAGUGUCUCAGGGGAGUCUGUUAGCAGUGCUUCGGCGGAGCCUUACCCCACAAAGCCAUCAGCUAUCACAUUUGGAGACCAAAACUAUGGUAGUCAGGUUGGUGUGAAUAAUGCGCCUAUGAACAUGACCUUUGGGAGAUAA